AGAAGGGGGAAAAGAAAGAAAAUCCGGAGAAUUCCAGUCUCCCAAAUGUAGUGAAGCCUGGCAGCCGGAGUUCAUUUGCUCUAGAGGAGCAGAGAAGCAAGAGGACAUUCAAGAAAAGAAGCCAGCAAGGUCUGUGGCUUUCCUCCCCACAGCAGCAGUGAUUUAGAGGUGAAAUGAUUCCUCCGAGCGGCAUGACCGAAGUCGGCGUGGAUAGUGUGGAGAAAGAGAAUGAAGUGGAGAGCACAGAGCAGCCCCCCUCUCCAGCAUCAACCACCAGCCAGGAAUCCAAGCUGCAGAAACUGAAGCGAUCGCUCUCCUUCAAGACCAAAAGCUUGCGGAGUAAAAGCGCCGACAAUUUCUUCCAGAGGACUAACAGCGACGUGAAGCUGCAAGUGGACUUGAUGCCUGAGGUGAGCACGAGCACCGGGCAGCUCCCCAGCUCCGAGAGCCAGGCGUCCUCCCCGAGCAGAGUCCCGCAGCUGCCAGAAAACAGCAAGGCUCACAUCUUCCAGGAGCACAUCUUCAAGAAGCCCACCUUCUGCGACGUCUGCAACCACAUGAUUGUCGGGACAACCGCCAAGCACGGACUGCGCUGCAAGGCUUGUAAGAUGAGCAUCCACCACAAGUGUGCGGACAGCAUUGGACAGCAGCGCUGCAUGGGCAAGCUGCCAAAGGGAUUUCGACGGUACUACAGCUCACCCCUACUCAUUCAUGAACAGUUUGGCUGCAUCAAAGAAGUGAUGCCUAUUGCCUGCGGAAACAAGGUUGAUCCUGUGUAUGAAACUCUCCGCUUUGGGACCUCCUUAGCCCAGAAAACCAAAAAGGGCAGCUCUGGAAGCGGGUCUGAUUCUCCAAACAGAAAUUCUACAGCUGACCUGGCAGAAGUUCCUGAGGAAGGCGGCAGCUCUGCAGGCACCCUUGACAUAAGCAGGAAGCGCAGCAACAGCGUGUUUACAUACUCUGAAAACGGCACAGAACACUUUGGAGAAGAACCAAAAAGUAUACAUUCCCUGGGACCAUUUUAUAAAAGCACGUUACAAAUGAACACCUAUGUUGCCUUGUACAAAUUUGUACCACAAGAAAAUGAAGACUUGGAGAUGAGGCCAGGGGAUAUGAUCACUCUUCUGGAAGACUCCAAUGAAGACUGGUGGAAGGGGAAAAUUGAUGACAGAACUGGAUUUUUUCCUGCUAACUUUGUUCAAAGAGUGCAACACAAUGAGAAGAUUUACAGGUGUAUCAGGACAUUCAUUGGCUGCAAGGAACAGGGACAGAUAACUCUGAAAGAGAACCAGAUUUGUGUGACUUCUGAAAAGGAACAUGAUGGCUUUAUCAAAGUAUACAGCGGGAAGAAGAAAGGCUUUGUCCCCAUAGACGUCUUAGAAAACAUCUGAUUUCAACAACCCACCUGCUGCAGUAGGAGCCCUUUGUUGGCAAUGCCUGUCUGCCUCAUCUCACACUGUGUCAACCCAGAGGGGCUGUCUUGCAGAUGUUCAGGGAAAUAGUGAGAAAACUGCGACUACGAGAAGAAAAAGACAUUUAGGCUGCCACAGCAACACUGAGAAAUAAGAAAAGUGGAACGUUUGACAGCAAAUACAGUCAGAAAUCAAUAGGGAAAUGAGAGGUCCUUGGACACUAACAAGAAUAAGGUAAGGAAAAGAAGAGGCUGGGCUGAUUUCUGGUGCAGGAUGCCUGCUACACCCUGAUGGAGACGGACAGUUUGUUCCAAAGGACUAAACCUACGUCCUCUUCUUGUGUCUUAGAAACCUGUUGGGCUGCUUUCUUGUUUGAAGUGUGUGUUUCGGGGGGAGGGGGGAAAAACACCUUUCAAACUGUCCUCGUACUGCAGUCCAAUGCUUGUAGGAAGUGUGGCUGUGGUUCUGUCCCAUUAUCAACCGACCGGUUUAAACCCUGGUGUUUAGUCCCAUAGCAGCGCGGUUUGGAGCCACCACGUGAGCCGUGUCAGGCCGAGAAAUGCACUGUGCCCUGAAAGUCAGCAGCUUUCUCUUUCUGUGCAAUCCCCCCGUAUGAAGGAGUAGCGAACCCGUGUGUCCUUUGUUUUCUCUGUAUACGAGCAAAAGCUCUCAGCGUGGUUUGGGUGUGAUGGCUGCUCUCAUAGCUCACAAUAGCUGGUCCUCCGAUGCGCAAACCUGCUCAGAAGCAUCCCUCUGUGUUUCCUGCACCUUGAUCUGGUGAUACAGAAAUGCUGGGAGAGAGCCACAGGCUUGAAAUGUUUUCUAUUUUUCUGUGUUUAUUGCACUUAAAAGAUUUUAUAUAUUAAUCCUAUUUAUAAGAAA